AUGUCCUACCGAAUCCAGGGUGACCUCAAGCUCCUUCGCGUUGUCGCCUGCCUCAAGUUUGGGGAACUUGAAUCCAGAGUGAAAUUCAUUGAAGAGAAGCAGACCGGCUUCCCGUGGAACUCUGGAACUCCUGAGUGUUACGACGAGACUGGCAGCAACCUUGGGCAACUAGACAUUCUGGCGGUCGAGCAGUCGCCUCUCCUCCAGACCAGCACCCGAUACCCCGAGAUCAAUGCCAAGAGCGAGAAUGCCUUUGGACUGGAAAACUACGAUUUCGACCCCAUCGCGACCGGCUUGCUGGAGGAGCUUGAGGCAAAGGCGGCCGGCAACGCCGAGCGUUUUACGAAGCUGCAAGGCGACAUGAAGAGCUUGCUUACAAUUUAUGAAGUGCUGCUUUCGGACACGGGAUACCUCGUGGGUGGGAACCUUUCGGCUCCCGACCUCUUCCACAUCCCGGUCAUUUACGCCUUGAAGAAGGAUUUCAAGAAUGUCGAGACGUGGUGGAACACCCUGGCCGGCUUGGGUGACACUCUGAAGAUCACCCAGUGGAAUUGA